AUGAAAGGCCUACAGUGGAUCCUGAAAUCCUCUAAAACUGACCGGCUGGAGGGAUGUGUUGUGAAGCUCUUUCAGUAUGAUUUCCCCGAACUCGAGAAAUGUGCUUGGAAGAAUGAAGGAAUACUGAACGAGAUCAUAUCAGUCCUCGAAAUAGAGCCGAACGAUAUCUUCUCCGCUUCGGAGCUUGAAUGGAUUGCCAGAAUGAGCUACAAUGCUGCCGUAAAAUUACAUAACUCAGCCCAGCUAGAGCCUCUUAUACGCCUGCUCGAUCUAUCCAUAAGUUUCUCUGGCAGAAUACACAACCAACCCGACCCUAACGAUCCAUCCAAUGUGUCCCAGCACCACCUCCUCUGCAACUUCCUCAAAAUAACCAGAACUACAGCAGACGCCCGCAGAGAAACCAACCCUACAGAGAAGGAAAAGCUCUACACUGAAUCCUACAAGACCAUCACGAAUUUUCAAAACCAGAACCAAUCACCCCUCGCGACAACAGAGCCCACCCUCCUCCAAGAACCAUACCUCUCCAAACACCGCAUUAUCCUCUCCCUCCAUCUCGAAGCGUCCAUCCACCUGAACGACUGGCCCAAGGCCUCGCAGAUCAUCGAAUCCACAAGCCCAAUCAUAGACGACAAACUCAGCUCAGUCUUCCUAGAUUGUAUCCUCCGUGCUGAAUCUCCGAGUUCUGAUAUCGUGCGCGCUGUUAAGACUCUCCUCCGCACCCUCCACGCAUCCCCCUCCCCCCACCUCAACCACCAAACCAUCAGCCAGACCCUCCCGCGGUACAUCCGCUGCCUAUUCCAACUCUCCCUCUCCGCGGCAGACGACCCCCUCGCCGAGUCCGUUCUCGAUCAAGCAAUCGUCCUCGUUCGUGAUCCCGGUGGUCGUGGUGGUGGAUAUCAGGGACCUGAUCCGUCAUCAUCCUCGUCAUCGCUUUAUCCCAGUGACGAGGUGCGGUGGUUGGCGACGGUGGCGUUUAACCGGGCGGUGGACUUUUAUCUCGUGGCUAGGGAUGAGGAUUGUAGACGGUGGGCGGGGAAGGCGAUUGUGUUGGCGGAUGGGGUGGAUGGAGUUGGCGGGGAUGGGGGAGAGUUGGGGGAGUUGUUGAGAGAGAGGCUGGAGAUGUUGGUGGCUUCUUGAGUUAAGUUGAGUUGAGGUGAGUUGGGCCUGGAUGGGUGGGUGAGUGGGUAUCUGGGGUUGUGUGAUAUGUUCGGGAAGGUGGGUUAUGGAUGCAUUUAGCGGGGGAGGGG